AUGGAUCUAAAACAAACGAAUUUGAGUGCCAACCACAUUCAGUCGCGGGGCCGAAAAGUUUCAAAUGUCGCCGCUACAGUACAAUUAAGUGAUGGUCCUGUAGUAAUUGAAAUCGCCGAGACAUUUAUUAACGUUGGGAUUGCUGGCGAGUGUCUUCCUCGAGUGCAAUGGACAAUUGACUUGAGUAGUAAUGAACUUACACAGACACUACUAAAGAUCUACAGAGAAUAUCUUUUUCUUCAGCCUUCGUUUCGGCCGGUCAUUCUGGUUGAGAGUGCUUUGAAUUCGCUCCGCGUCAAGUAUCAUCUCACAGAUGUACUGUUAAAGCAGUUACAUAUUCCUGAUGUUUACUUUCUCUGUACACAAUUAUGCUCUAUUGUUGCUGCUGAAGAAGUUACGGCGAUUGUAAUUGACGUCGGCUGGAAGGAAACUUGCAUACUUGCGGUAACAGAUUUUUUUCUUCAUCCAAAGUUCAUUCAAACAGUCCAUGUUGGCUUAAAGGAUGUGUUAUUACGCUUUCGGUCACUUCUAUAUCAAAAAAACAAGAACGAAACCAUGCUUGAAAAUGUAAACCCAGUCCUACUUCUUCCAACACUACUUCAAUACGGACAAGUCUUCCAUCUACAAGAACGUCAACCAUAUCCUUUGUCACCUGAACAAGCACACAACUCAUACUGUACACAUACCGACGAGAACAGUGUAUUAGACUACAUUAUUGAUGGACAAAGGCAUUCCUUGCAAUUUUCGUCUGUAAUGACUAUGGCUGCCGUGGAACGUGUGUUUGAAGGAUGGAAUGCAUUACACUUGGACAUCCAAGAACAAAGUCUCCCAUUGGUACUACAUCAUUUCAUAAACAAUCUUAGUGUAGAUGUACGGUGUACGAUUCAAAACCGUGUUCUAUUUACCGGCAUGCUCGCCAACGUUCCAGGAUGGACUCGCCGCUUUGCUGAAGAGAUGAAGGUUUUAGGAACAGAAAUUCGUAUACUAUCUUCAAAGUUCCCAGCUCAUCUUUCAGCUUGGAUAGGCGCAAGUCUUGUCGGUCCCUUACAGCAAGUUAUCUCAGGAACCUCUACUACUGAAUCGCCUUUUCACCUUGACCGGCCUUCAUUUUUGGCAGGCAGUCUCCCUCCGGACUGGCUCUCAAACUCUCGGUGA